AUGCUUUACCAGUCCGAGGACGAAAAGUCGCACGCCGACCUAAUCUCCCACUGCAUCACCAACUUCAACAUCGCGCCGGACCGACAGGCCCUCGCGCGUGUCAAUGACUCCCUCACCACCGUGGCCGAAAUGCGGCGCAUGCGCAUCUCCUCAGCGGAAGACGCGCUGCGCCGCCUCGCACGCCAGCACGCCACGCUCAGCACCCAGCACCGCGAGCUGACGCACACGCACGACAGUUCCGUGCACGCCGCCGAGAUCAUGGAGCUCGACACCAAGAAGUUCCGCGUCGCGAAACACGCCAACGAUUUGGAGUCAGACAACGAGCGCUUGAGCGCCGAGUUGGAGCGCCUCAAGGCCCAGCUGGCGGAUUUGGAGGAGCAGGGCGUGGAGGGCGAUGAGCGGGCGCGUAGGACCAGAGAGGCGGAUGACCCCAUGGUGUUGCGGCUGUGGUUGUAUCGCAGCCUGGGCAUCACGUUGGAAGAGGGCGAGAAUGGAGAGUACAGGAAGGCGGUGGUUGGAGACCGGCGGAAGGGCGAUGUGCAUGUUGUCAACGUGGAGCCCAAGUUCUCGAAGUGGUUCUACGCCGACUACUUCUGGGGGACCAUGCAGGGCUGA